AUGCAACCUCCCUAUUACGACAAGAUGCAUGAACAUAACUCCUCGCUCCGGUCUCCUGCCUCUCCGGCCAGAGCAACAAACACCCGUUCAAUCUAUGCUUCUCUCAAAAUUCAGAUCGACGAACUCAUCGACAUUUUCAGAGAAAGUCAACCAAAUGACGCCCCUGAGCCGAUCUCGCCGGAGCAAAAGCUCCCACACGAAGUCAAUACUCAACAGAGUCUGCCCCGAUUUAAGGGUAGAUUCAGCACUCCAACCACAGGCUUGGAACAGAAGGAACCCCCGCCGGCCCUGGCCCAAGUGAAGAAGCGCUUCAGGAAAUCACUAUUGGCAUCUAAAAAGUUUGGUCAAGAAAUUGGCGACUCUUGGACAAGAAGGUCGAAUCAACGGACUGUCCAUUCGACAGGUUCGGCAGAAAGUAUCGUAUCCCGUCGCAAUGUUGAGAUAGAUGUCCGGAUGGCACGAGAGCUUUCCGGCCACAUAUCAGUGCCUCCAUCACAAGAACCCUAUCCACCACUUACCGUCCACUCCGGUCCUCUCUUUCCUAAUCGGUCGACUACCAUGCUUGGCCUGGAUCGACCCAACAACAAUAGUCUCGAGGCCUGGCACGAAGUGCAACCACUUCUUGAAACUCUACCGAGUCCCGAGCCUGUUAUGAAGAGUUACUUCGACACAUCGUCCGAGACCGAGGUAGAAGCAAGUCGCCGUCUGAUUUAUAAACGGAGAAUAUCUAAAAUAAAGGACCAUACUUUUAGAUGGCUUCGAGAAACUUUCAGCCUCGAUGAGGAAGAGAAGGCCUUCUUUAUGGCCCGUAAAAGCAUGAGAUCAGAAGUGUUAGUCGCCGAACAGCGAAACACUCAAUUUAGCUACGGCAGGAGAGUGAGGUAG